AUGGUACCCUCUAAGGUCCGGGUGCUGGGCCUCAUGUUCCUCUCUUUCAAUGUCCUCGAUCUGACAGGUCCGUGCGAAGUCUUUGGCAGCAACUUUCUCCCAGGCGAGCGCAGCAUCGACAUUGCUUCAGCGACAGAGUCUUGCACUUCGAGCGAAGGUGUCACAGUCCAAUGUACUUUCUCUUUCGACGAGCUUCUGAACGACACAUCCGCGUUAUCAGACUACGACAUCCUCCUCGUUCCAGGCGCAAGGGACGAUUACAUCGAUGCUGCGUUGAAAGACGACAAGGGCCUUCUGCAAAUCAUCAAAACCUUCGCAACGCUCGAGAAUGACGGGAAGGAGAGGUGGUUGUUCUCAGUCUGUACUGGCGCUGCGUUCCUCGCUCAUGUUGGUGUGCUGAGUGGGAAGACUGCAACCACACAUUGGACAUAUCUUGACAAGCUCAAGGAGACUUGCAAGGGUGCUGGCGAGGAGGCGGACAUCGUGAGGAAGCGUUUCGUCGAUGCAGGGAGGAGCAAGACAGGAGUUCGUGUCGUUACUGCUGUUGGUGUGAGUUGUGGCAUGGAUGCUGCCUUGUGGAUCGCAAGUGUGGUGUAUGACCUGGAGCAGGCCAAGGGGAUUGCGAAGGGUAUGGAUUACGCUUGGGCAUACGCGCCAAAUGAUGAUGUUACCGAGGGUUGGACUGUAUAA